UACUUUUUUAUGUCAUAAUGAUGGAUGUACAUUACCUCUACAGUUCCCGUAGAUGCUAAAAAAAUCACCAUAGGUCGUCGCGGGAAAGUAUACCAAUCGGGGGGCGUCAUGCCCGUACAGGAAGACAAACGCGAGUCAGUCACAUGCUGGGCGACGGGAACCAGACCUGCGGCGGAUAUAUCGUGGAUCCUGGCCGAGGACCCGUACAGUAGUGACGGAGUGGAGACCGAAAUCUCCGAGGGUUUAUACGACACGGAGGGAAUGUUCGAAUUUCAGGUGGAAAAUUACAUGGACUAUAAGAAGCUAGUCUGCGUUGCUAAAACUCGCGAUAUGGAGCAGGAGGUGACUGUCGCUGUGUCGCUGGUUGUAGAGAGAGCUAAUUCAUCUAGCGCGGGGGUCAUUGCUGGAGUGACACUGGGUGCCUUAGGGCUUGUUGUCCUCGUUCUCGUUGCCAUCAUUGUUGUGAAGAAGAAGAGAAUGAAGCGAAGACUCAGCAAAGAAGACGUGCAAGUUUCAACCAUACACCAUCAAGACAGGAAUCGAGUCCCAACCCCUCCGAUGCUUCGUCGCACAGCAAGUGAUUCGUGCGGUCCCCCGGUGAGCAAGCGACCAUGCGUGUACCCGGAUACCAGCGACGGCAACUCUAGGUACGUCACCCUGCCUGCAAGCCAGCCCUUCCCACGCUCCAAGCUGACCUUACUGAACGUGAUUGGUCAGGGUAACUUUGGCUUGGUCUACCUGGCGUCUGCAAGUGACAUAAUACAGUCAGGGAGCCAGACGUACGUCGCCUUGAAAACCUUAAAAGAAAAUACUGAGAAGGAUGUCAAAAAGAAUCUGCUCCGGGAGGUCGACUUGAUGAAGCGGAUGCCACCGCACUCUAAUGUGGUACGGUACCUCGGUAGCUGUCUGGAAAAGGAGCCCCUGUAUGUGAUCGUCGAGUAUCUGUCCAAUGGUAACCUACAGGAAUACCUGCGACUGAACCGCACCAAGGAAUACACCUACAUCGACGCUUGCAGCGAGUCACUGAGUUGCGCCGAUCUGAUCAAGUUCGCAAGGGACAUUGCCAAGGGCAUGGCGUUUCUUUCCUCCAAUAAGUGCAUUCAUUGCGACCUUGCAGCUCGCAAUGUACUCGUAGCCGGUGACAAAGUCUGCAAGAUUUCAGACUUUGGUCUCGCCUGUGAUGCAGGCAACGUUAAGGCAUUGCAAAAACAGACCGACAAUGCCCGGCCUCUUCGUUGGAUGGCAUUGGAGUCCCUUGACAAAGAAAUGUUCUCAACGAAGAGCGACGUUUGGUCGUUCGGUAUUGUUUUGUGGGAAAUCGUCACAUUUGGUGCUCGGCCAUUCCCAAAUAUGGUGGUUGGUGACGUCAUCGCUAAAUUGCGGGAAGGUUACCGAAUGCCGAAACCUAGACACUGCGAUGAGAAAUUGUAUGACAUGAUGCGGUCGUGUUGGGAUGCAGACCCGGAUCGACGCCCAAGGUUUUCAGAGCUUUUGAACUCGCUAGAAAGCUUUCUGGAGACAGAGGCGGACUACAUUAUCGUGGGACUUUACGAGGAAGCCCUUUAUUUAACACCCAAUGGUGACGACACCAAGCAUCACGAGAAGAUGUAGUUCCAUACAUCUAUGGACGACGAUAACAUAUUCUUCACAAUUUCAGCACAUUACAACAUUUCAUGACAGGGGUCAGUUUUUGACACCGAAUGGCGACGACACUAGUAUCGCGGAAAGAGAUAGCUAUAGACGAUCACACAUUGUUCAAUAUGUACGUACAUUUAUAGUACAUGACUUUGUCAAUCGAAUUUACAGGUGCAAUUGUUUAACUGUAUAUUUUGUCUUCUUUACUUUCAACUGAUUUUGAAUUUGUUGAUGAAAUAAUUGCAUAUGAUGAGUAUGCCUAAUAAGGUAUGACUGAAUGUUCUUACAACUUACUUUUUAUUGAUAGUAUCUUUCAAUUAAAAUUGACUUAUAUUAACAUUAUUGCAUAUUAUGACAUUGUAUGCAUAUUUAGCGAUGACUACAUUUCAUAUCAACGGAUUGCUCGAAGUUAUUCGAACCUUACUAAAGGGGUUCUGAUGUAACUUAAAUUGAAAUAAAAUAUAUAGUAUACUGUAUUAUGCAUUAGGAAACAAACCGUUAGAUCUGUGUUUUGGAUGCCACGCUGGUUACCGAUAGCCAGCUGUAUUACAGUGCGUGUGGCAGGGAACCAGGACCGUGCAUAACAUUCAUGGUGACUUUGGCGGAAGAUCAAAUGAAGUUUAUGGGGAAUAUUUGACGUCAAUCAAUGGUCAAUAAUUAUCCCGGAGGAUUUUACGCCUAGUGUUGAAGGUUAGUUUGAAUUUUAAGAGUUAAAGGUUUGGGAAUCAUUUUUGAGGUCAUUAUUGUAUAAAAUUGUAGCUAUGGAAGUACCUCGUGUUGUAAAAUAAGCAUGUCGUGUUUUGUAUAUUCAUUAAUGUUCAAGCUAUUCAUGUGCACAUUCGAUGCUUAAUGGACACGUAUUAUUCAAGACCAGUGUUGUUUAGUAUUCUGUAUAAAUUUAUUUAUAUUUAGACAUGUAUAAUGAUAACUAAUAUUAAACAAAACUAUUAUGGUUUUAUAAGAUCAAUACAGAUUUUAGUAAUAAUUAACAUCAAAGAUUGACUGAUAUAAUUCUAAAGGGAGAAGCACAUACAUUUCACUGGUACACGGGAGCUUCUUGCGUUUACUUUAUUUUGUUAGAUACGGUACAUUUAAAACUACUAUAUGGUUUGACUCAAAACAAACUUUGUAAACAGACGGGACGUGAACUUUAUGCUAUAACAAUGGUAAUGUGUCUGCGUAUUACAACUUUAUGUAACCUUCGUGGCCAAUUUUAUUGAUCCUCGAUCCUGUUUAAUAAAAGAAAUACAUAUACAAUUUCUUGGAAGUUUGAUCCCCAUCUUCAAAACGAACAAUACACAAACCAGGAGUAGCCUCCGCGAAGUUUAGUUUGGUUUGUUUUAAAUCAGUACCGUUUAUUCAUGAUGAGAAGUGUUACUUGCGGAAUUGAGAAUGGAAAUAAAUAUGUUUUCAUCUUCACCAAGCACACCGAUCUUUUUCCCUUUCAAAUCACCUCUUUUGAUAUGUUGUAGGUUGUUGGAAAUUUGAAAGGAAUUGGCUGUCACUCUGACGUUGCUAAGUGUUACGGUGCUGGUUUGCAACCAGUUUGUCACGGCUCCAUAAUAUUUCAGAUGUUGACGACACGCCUCAUGCAUAUGGGGCUGCUUCGUUUGCUUUCUUUAACUAUGGUAAC